AUGGUGGCAAUGCAGAGUCCAACUCUGAUGGCAUGUUCGCUGCUCCUUGCCUUCCUUGCGGUUGAGGUCAGUGGCUCCGAGGCUCAGGUGCCGACCAUGGCAAAGUGCCCGGUGAUGCUGCAGAGCCAGGCCGCUAGCCUGGCAGCGGACACAGUUGCAGAGGCUGAGGAUACAGGCGACCUUUCUACUGAGAGGCAGCCGGUUCCCGCCGAGCUGGUGCAGACCUCACGGAAGGAUGCCAGGGACACGGCACACCAGACUCCAGUUCAGGAGUUCUCCAUCGACAAGCCUAGCGGCCGUGUCGUGGAUAUCAACAUCGGAACAAACUUCAGCCCAAUGCGUGCGGAAGGCAACAAUUUCCUCGUUUUGGUGGAUCCUUUGCCUGACGUUUGCGAGUACUUGCGGAAGGGCAGCCAUUCAAACACCGACGUGGCAGUGCUUUGCUGUGCGGUGUCCAACUACACUGGCCAUGCAACAUUUCGGCGCUACAACAGGGACGGGUUGUCCUCAUCGCUGUCUUCCACGACUGCAGGAACCACCCAUGCAAGGUUUCCUGUCGAAGACGAGAUUACCGUGGUGGUAUUGGAAGCGGCAACUGUUCUACGUGGAUAUCUUGCGAGGAAGAACACCUUGCACAAGCUCAAAACUGACAUGCAGGGCAUGGACCUGACAACGCUGCGAAACCUAGAGCCCAUCUUGUCUAUGCCGGAUCAAGUUCCGCACCUCAUGUCCGAGUGCUGCUUUCCGGAUGACCAAGGGAGACAGGUGUACCAAAUCGACAACGACUGCAAAGCCAUGGUAGCAUACUUGCAGAGCUUGGGGUACACCACCAAGUUUGAAGCGGACAGCGCGAUGGACCGAGCAGGAUGGGGCAACGUGUAUGCGUACAAACAUCCGGCCACCACCUUCCUCAGAACAGAAGCCUGGGCUGGGUCUCGCUCGGCCUGA